AUGCGGUUUCCCCUCUCUCGCUUGGCCCUCACUGCCGGAGUCCUCUCCACGGCCAAUGCACUAUCCGUGCAGGACAUUCCGGCUGAUCUUCCGGUCUCGUCGCUGCUGAGCAAUGCGCAGACGCACAUGGCUAGAGGCGAGGCCAGCGAAGCCAUUCUCUACUACGACGUCGCCAUCGCUAGAGACCCAGCCAACUACCUGACUAUUUUCAAGCGUGCGACUGCGUUCUUGUCCAUCGGUCGAGCCAACCAAGCCACAGACGACUUCUACAAAGUACUUGUCCUCAAGCCCGGCUUCCAGGGUGCUCACGUCCAGCUGGCCAAAAUUAAGUCCAAGGUCGCAGACUGGGAAGGCGCCAAGGCGGACUAUGUUGUGGCGGAGAAGGCUGGCGACUCGCCCGAGCUUGUCGAGUUGGCGGCAGCGGAGAGCGCCUCGGCUGCUGCAGUCGAGGCUUCCAAGAACCAGAACUGGGAUGACUGUGUCAACUAUGCUGGCACCGCCAUCUUCGUUGCUUCUAGAUCUGUGGCUCUACGUGAGCUGCGGUCUAGCUGUAGGUUUGCGCGUGGCGAGAUUGAAGAGGGCAUGGGCGACCUGCAGCACGUGUUGCACUUGCGAUCUGGCGACACCUCACCUCAUGUUCUCAUCUCUGCCACCAGCUUCUACGCUCUCGGCGAUAUGGACAACGGACUGUCACAAAUUCGCAAGUGUCUCCACUCGGAUCCUGAUUCAAAGGUCUGCAAGAAGCUUCACAAACAGCAAAAGACAUUUCAGAAAGGCCUGAAUCGGGCUACGGGGCAGCUCAGCAGAGGCCAAACAACAACCGCAGGAAGAACACUUGUUGGCACUGAGGAGGAAACAGGAUUGUUGACACUGCUCAAAGAGCAAAUGCAAGAGCUGAGACAGGCCGGCUCUAUUCCCGAAAAGGCUCCCUCACAGCUAUACGGCAAGCUCAUCGAAAUGACAUGUAAUGCUUACCUAGAGGGCAACCACAAAAAUGUCCAGAAAUACUGUGAGGAAGCUCUUGAGCUCAACUCGCAGUCAUUUUGGGGCAUGCUCUACCGAGCAAAGGUUCUCUUGAAGAAGGGGGAGUUUGAAGCAGCCAUUAAGACCCUGGAGAGCGCCAACGAGAUACACCCUGACAAGAAUGACAAGAUUAACCCCGUCCUGGAAAAAGCCCAAAUUGCCCUGAAGCGAAGCCAGACGAAGGACUAUUACAAGAUUCUUGGUGUCGACAACGACUCAGACGAGAGACAGAUCAAGUCGGCAUUCCGCAAGGCCUCCAAGCAGUUUCAUCCCGACAAGGCUCACAAGCAAGGCAUCUCAAAUGAAGACGCGCAAAAGAAGAUGUCUGCCAUCAAUGAAGCCUACGAGGUAUUGAGCGACCCCGAGCUUCGUGCCCGGUUUGACCGAGGCGAUGACCCCAACUUCCAAGGGGGAGGGAACCCUUUCCAUGGCAGUCCCUUUGGAAGCGGCGGCGGACACCCCUUCAUGUACCAGCAGGGCGGCGGCGGUGGUCAACAGUUCAAGUUCAACUUCCCUGGCGGAGGUGGCCCCUUUGGAUUUUAA